AUGGCUGCCACGGCGACCAGCAAGAUCACUUUGACCAGCUCCGAUGGAGUCGAGAUUACUAUCGAACGCCAGGUAGCCGAACGCUCCAUCUUAAUAAAGAACAUGCUCGAAGAUUUGGGUGACUCCGGAGAAGCCAUCCCUAUCCCCAACGUGAACGAGUCAGUCCUCAAGAAAGUCAUUGAGUGGUGUAAGCACCACAAGGGCGACCCACCCAGCACAGGUGACGACGACGUUGAUUCCCGACGCAAGACCACCGAUAUCGACGAGUGGGAUCAGAAGUUCAUGCAGGUCGACCAGGAGAUGCUCUUUGAAAUCAUUCUCGCUGCCAACUACCUUGAUAUCAAGGCCCUUCUCGACGUCGGGUGCAAGACCGUCGCAAACAUGAUCAAGGGCAAGUCUCCCGAGGAGAUCCGAAAGACCUUCAACAUCCAGAAUGACUUCACUCCGGAGGAAGAGGACCAGAUCCGCCGUGAGAACGAGUGGGCUGAAGACCGUUAA